AUGCUCCCUUCGGCGGGUUACUUCAGGAGCCUCCCUUGCCCCUUCGACGCCCGCGGGUGCCGGCGGCCCCACUGCCAGUACAGACACGAGGCCCUUUGGCGCCGUCGCCGCCUUCAAGGGGAGCCGCCGGUCCCUCAGUCUUCCGCGCUGGGUCUUGAUAAAAAAAUCCAAGAAUUAGAAAUGAUCAACAAAGCAAUUCAAUCAGUCAAGACUGAAGUUGAAGAGCAGAAGAAACUAUUGUGUUAUGACUGGGUGCAAGAUUUCAAAAAUAAUGUGAUUCUUGCAACAAAUCAAAACAAAGGAAAUAAAUCUUUUUCUUAUGAAGGCGGUGCCUGUAAUAGUCCCGUAGAAGUAAAAAAUAAUGCCAUUUCAAUCUCAAAGGAAUCUAAAAGGUCCAGUAAAUAUAUUCUUGACCAUAGCUGUCCAUCUACUGAUCUUGAAUAUGACCCAUUACUCAAUUAUUCUGCAGGUCUCGGGUCUUCUUUGAAGGACGUAGAUAAAAAUGACACACACUACUCUAAACCUUUAAAAAUAUCUCAUUGUAGAGAUUUAGAAGCAUCUAUAAAAACCUUUCCGGGUGAAAAUAGAUUCAGAUCCCCAAGGAAGAGAUCAGUAAGUUCUUCACCAAUAAAACUCCAUGAAUCAGAUGAUGAUGUGCUUAUAAUAGAUGCCCCACCAGUGAAUGUAUCAAAGAAACCAAGGAUAAGCAACACCUAUAAAAAGUGGAAUAGGGAAGUAAAUGAGAUUAGUUUUGGAGCUAAUUUAGAAACACUUCAAAACUCUGGAACAUCAGAUAUUUUGAAAAAUUUAGAGGGAGAAAGAUCAGACGUCAUCACUGUUGGCCUGCAUAGUGUUAAUCAAAGUGAUGGAAAUAAAAGUAAAAUAAAAAUUUCAGCAGCAGAAAGUGCUUACUUAGCUGAUGUCAAAGCGAGUACUUUGAAUGUAGGAAACAAACUUCGGACAAAAUAUUACCCUGCUACUAAAGGCAAUAAUGUAUCUCAGAUGAAGUUUGAAAUGAACAAAGAAAUCUUGAAGGAAGAGUCAAUGAAUGUUAUUUCUGUUAAAGCAUGCAAUAUGACUGAGGAGGUUAGUAGUCAUAAAACUUUGCUGAAAAACAAAACUCAGACUAACCUAUAUUCUAGAGGCAGUACAAAAGAUAGAGUUGCAGCACUACAAGAAAGCUCUAAAAACGAUCCAGUACCUUUUGGGAAAUGGAGUAUUCAGCUGCAUGGAAAAAGCAAUGCAUUGCCUAUUACACGAAGCUGUGUUACUGUUCCAGUGAAUGAGGACACAUUUCUUGAAAAAACUGGCAGAAAUUGUACUGAUAAAACUAUGAAAAUGGAUGCCAAAGAAAAUGAGAUAAUAGUAUUAGACUCUUCUGAAGAUGACGUUGAAGAGGAUAAUGAACUUUCUGAAUCAGAUGAUACCAUGGAAGAAUGUCGGAGAAUUUUCAAUGAAUUUGUUGAACAUGAAGCACAAAAGGAAAGAUUAGCAAAGCAGCAGGCCCUUGCAGUGCUAAGAGACGUAGACUCAGAUUUGAAGACAAGUAUGCUUCCUGGACAGAAGAGAAGAAUUGCACACACUGCAAAAUUUGAUGUUAAUAUGACUAAAGAAAUACCAGUAAUUGUGCCUUUAAAAGCACCUCUUCCACAGCGGACUUGUCAUUCCAGAAUACUGCAAGCACAGCAACAAGCAACACAAAUAACAACUGCUGUUAAAAGUGGUCAAGCUUUUGUUGCUGCAACUUGCGGCCCAAAGAGAACUGCAUCUGUAAUACCAGCUACUCAGAUUCAAAGCAUGGGCCCCAUAGUUUGUUUAAAUGUGUUUGAAGUUCAGCCUGUAGGAACAAGCACUGGCCAAGUGAAUGUACUACUUCCUGGAAAUGCAUUGACAUCAGUGCCAUGUAGACUUCCCAAUUAUCCUGUAAAAAAAAAUACUCCCAUGCCAAUUAAGGCAUCAAGUCAGAGAAGGCCUCCUGUAAUUGCCGAGCUGGGAUCCAAAGUACCACAUGACACAAGGCAACGAUAUGUCAAUUUUUUUUUUGAAGAAUUCUUGAAAGUUUGUGCAACAGUCAAUGAAGCUUUGGAUAAGGCAUUGAUAGAAGAAAAAGCAAUAUAUGACCGUUGUGGUAGUAAAAAGAUAUACUUGAACAUAGCUGUGAACAAGCUUAAAAAAUUGAGGGAUCAUAGCAGUGUGCCAUCAGAUGGCCAGCCCUCAGACAAUAAACACACUACUUCAACUGGCUUUAGAAAAGAAGAAAAAAAUGAUUUUACAGGAAUUACUCUCUAUAAACUUCUAAAAGACUAUGCUUUGACUGAUGAACAGUUGAAGGAAAAUGGCUUCCCUGAACCAAAUCCUGAGAAACCUGGCAGUGCUGUACUAUGCAGUGGCACCAUAAAAGCAGCUUUAUCUGACUCUUCCAGAAGAAUUUGUUGUCGAUGCGGAGAAAUAUAUACUGUAAAUUCAUCAGGAAGACAUGUUCGGAAAGAAGAAUGCAGCUACCAUUCUGGUAGAGUAUUAAGGCAUAAAGUUCCGGGUGGUUUGGAAACACGUUACAGUUGUUGUGAAGGAGUGGUAGGAUCUCCUGGAUGCCAGGUUGCAAAGCUCCAUGUUCAUGAUGGCAGAAAAGAAAAUAUUGAUGGCUUUGUGAAGACUUUCAUCAAACCACCUCCACUUGAUGGAAAUCGUGGCGUAUUUGCGUUAGAUUGUGAAAUGUGUUAUACAACACGUGGAUUGGAACUCUCCAGAGUGACAGUAGUCGAUCCUUCACUUCAUGUCAUCUAUGACACAUUUGUUAAGCCUGAUAAUGAAAUAAUAGAUUUUAAUAAUAGGUUUUCUGGAGUGACGGCAGAAGACAUGAAGAGUACUGUAACAUCAAUUCGGGAUGUGCAGGCAAUAUUGUUAAACUUGUUUAAUGCAGACACAAUUUUAAUUGGACACAGUUUAGAGAGUGAUUUGUUUGCUCUUAAGCUGUUUCAUAAUAAGAUUGUGGAUACAUCAGUAGUUUUUCCUCAUCGUUUAGGCCUGCCUCAUAAAAGAGCACUUAGAAAUCUCAUGGCUGAUUAUCUCCAAAGAAUUAUUCAAGAUGAUGUUGGUGGUCAUGACUGUAGUGAAGAUGCAGCUGCUUGUAUGGAACUUAUGCUUUGGAAAGUAAAAGAGGAUACUAAAGGCAGAAGAUAUUAAUGCUUUGCAGCAACAGCCUUCCUUCAUCAUUGCCUAGUGAAAGACAGUUUUCUGC